CGACGUACGGUCCCGUUGCAAUCCACCUGACUCGAUCCAAGUCCAACCAACUCCUGACCUCACCUCAUUCUCGGAACGCCAACUCACCCUCACAACAUCUUACAAAACCACGACACUUUUUUUCUGUACAACUUGAUUCUUGCAAGACGGGAAAACCACUCGAGUCAUAGCUUCAGGAACACUACACGUACACAACCAACCACAACCAAGAUGAAGUCCUCCGUCUCGGUCCUCUACCCAAACGAGUCCGUCUCGCGCAACGUGACGACGUACUCCGAGUCCCGCUCCACCGACCUACCCGCGCACAUUGUCGCCUACCACGACCACAUUGACAAGACGCAGCCCGAAACGUCCAUAUUGAUGAUUAGCAAUUUUCAGGCGCAGAACCACAUUUGGAUUGCGAAGCUUAUUGGGGCUAAGAGAAUCCUCGAAAUAGGCGUCUACGUCGGCUAUUCCGGCAUGGUAUGGUCUCACGCCGUGGGCCCAGAAGGCACCGUCACCGGCCUCGAGUUCAGCGCAGACUACGCAAAGCAAGCUGAAGAGGCCUGGGCCGCCAACGGCAUCAAGAACGCGUCCGUCGUCGUCGGCGACGCUCUGGAGACCCUACCAACCCUAAACCCCUCAGAACCCUACGACCUAAUCUUCAUCGACGCCCAAAAGUCAGGAUACCCAUCCUACCUAUCCACCAUCCUCGCCUCCUCCCAAACAAGCGGCAAGAAUCGUCUCCUCCGUGCCGGCGGCCUCAUCGUCGCGGACAACGUCCUCCGCCGCGGCAUCGUCGCCGACGACUCGGACGAGAACCCGUGGAUGGAGCGCGAGAAGAGCCAACGCGCGGCGUAUUGGAAGUCCGAGGACGUCGAUAAGCUGCGCGAGUUUAACAGUGCCGUGCAUGACGAGCCGCGGUUGGAUUCUUGGUUGAUGCCGUUGUAUGAUGGUGUUCAUCUUGCUAGGUUGGUUGAUUAAAGUGGGAGAGCGAGUUUUUGAAGACACUCCGAGGGAGAAAAAAAACCUUGGAGGCAGCUGUUUGAAAUUACAGAGCUUAGAGAAGAUGUGUAGAAAUCAAUACAUGAUCAUAGAAUUAUGAGACUUUGACAUA